AUGAGUGUUAGCUCCCCCAUUUCAAAAUCAAUAGUCUAAUCAUACUUAUAUGAGGAUCUUUUGGAAUUCUCUCCAUUUAAUUUCUUUAAUGGGAUUAACCCAAAGAGACUGCUAAAAGGAUAAUCUGAGUUUGCAAAAGCUCAUUUACUUAAGUAUUUACUAUGUAAGUUCUGUGGAAAUAUUGUGGUCCAAGGCAAAGAGUGUGUAAAAUGUGAAAACAAUUUCUGUUCCCCUUGUAUAAAAAAAUGGGAAGCUUCGGAUUCUGCUCGAUAUUACUAAACACCUUGUAAAUGUCGAAAAGUUACAUAGCUGAAAUUUCUUGGAAAAACUAAAAAUGAUUACUUACAGCAAAUAAGAUUUAGAUGCUAGAAUAGGCAAUGUCAUUAUUCAUUGACUUAUGAAGAAUUGAUUCUUGGAACCCAUGAAUUAGAUGAUUGCAAAUUUAUCAAAAUAAUAUGUGAGGGAUGUGGAGCUCGAAUUAUGAAAUAGGAUUAAUUAAAACAUGAGACAGUCGAGUGCCCGAAUCCAUAAUCAAAAUGUAGGUUCUGCUAAAAAAUGAUGUCCUUGAAGGAAGUUAUAUCUCAUUAGAAGGAUUGUAACAUGAGAGUAUAAAUUAAAAUUGAAUAUGAUUGCAGUUAUGAAGCGAAAAAUGAAGAAGUGAAAUAGGAAGAGGAAGAAUCUAAAGAAGAUAAGGAUGUUAAGAAUGAGGCAGAGAUAAAGAUAAUUAAUGAUAAAAAAGGAAAGGAUAGUAAAGGAAAGAUAAAGAAAAAUAAAAAACCUAAGACUAAAUUAUAGUGA